GUGAAGAAAGGACAGGGUUGCUUGGCAGCAAUAGGGAAAAACGGAGGUGAGCAGCUAUUAUCGCUGGGACAAGGAUGUGAUUCGGUCAGUAUUGCCGCUCAUGAGAUCGGCCAUGCACUCGGGCUGUACCACACUAUGUCCAGGCACGAUCGCGACCAGUUCAUUAUAGUGGACAUGGCAAAUGUUGAGCCUUACUACCGUGAACCAACUAUUGCACCACAACUAUGCACAAACAUUUGGUUUGCCCUACGAUUACGGCAGUAUUAUGCACUACAGCGGAUCAAGGUUGCCCAUGAGUCUUACUCCGCACACUUAUUCACG